AUGCACACGCAUCCUAUCAAGAUGAAAAGAGGCCUCCUGAUAGUUUGGUCCUUGUUCUACUUCAGUGUUGCAAACACAGACACUAGAAACCAGGCCAGCCAGCCUCUUGAGUUCAAUCAAUUGAAAAUAUCCAGGAAAUAUGUUCAAGGAAAACAAGAUUCAACUCCCAAGAAUGGAACCAGUCCCUCAGUGCAUAGAGGCUCAACAAACAAUCAACGGGAGCAGGAUAAGAUUGUACGUAUGCCAGGGCAAACAGGGGUAGCAGAGUUUGACCAAUAUGCAGGAUAUGUGACGGUGGAUGCAAAGGCCGGAAGGGCUUUGUUCUACUAUUUUGUUGAGGCUCCUCAAGAUCCUUCAGACAAACCGCUUGUCCUAUGGCUGAAUGGAGGGCCUGGCUGUUCAUCCUUUGGAUCUGGGGCCAUGCUUGAACUUGGACCUUUCUCUGUCCAUAGUGACAACAAGACACUGUACAAGAAAAAGCACGCAUGGAACAGAGUGGCCAACAUGUUGUUCAUCGAGAUCCCAGCUGGUGUUGGAUACUCAUAUUCAAACACUACAUCCGAUUAUUAUAACACUGGUGACCAAAGAACAACAGAUGAUGCAUAUACCUUUCUUGUUACUUGGCUAGAGAAAUUUCCUGAGUAUCGGGACCGUGAUUUCUUCAUAACUGGUGAGAGCUACGCAGGUCACUAUAUACCAGAGCUUGCUAAUCUGAUUGUUUCUAAGAAUAGAGCAACCAAUGUAACUAGUGUCAAGCUUAAAGGUGUUGCGAUUGGAAAUGCGGACUUGGAUGAUAAUUUGAAUCUAAGAGCAACAUAUGACUACUAUUGGAUGCAUGCUAUGAUUUCUGGAAAAGCUUAUACAGCCAUCAAGGAUAAGUGCGGCUUUAAUGGGACAUACACUAAAGACUGUCUAAAUGCCAUGAACUUAGCUAUCCAGGAAAAAGGAAAUGUUGAUGACUAUGACAUCUAUGCACCAAUAUGCCACGAUGCCUCAAACCCUUCUAAAUCAAGUGACUCGUUAGUGUUUGGUGAUCCAUGCACAAACCACUAUGUCUCCUCUUACCUAAAUCGUCCUGAGGUCCAAAGGACACUCCAUGCAAACACAACAGGGUUAGGCUACCCAUGGAUGGACUGUAGUCAGCAUGUAUAUGAUAAUUGGGAUUGGAAAGAUUCACCAGAGACAAUGCUGCCAUCAAUAAAGAAACUCAUUUCAAGUGGCACCAGAAUAUGGCUGUACAGUGGUGAUAUGGAUGCAGUGUGUUCAUUCAUUUCAACACAAUAUGUGCUGGACAAUCUUGGGCUUCCUAUAGAAGCAUCUUGGCGUCCAUGGCGCAUCGACAAUGAGGUUGCUGGCUACGUCAUUGGGUAUAAAGGGUUGGUCUUCGCAACGGUCAGAGGAGCUGGGCACAUGGUGCCAUACUACCAGCCUCGCAGGGCAUUGGCACUAUUCUCGUCAUUCCUCGAAGGGAAACUCCCUCCACACUGA